UAAGGGCGGGAAAACAUUUAGUGCCCUGCCUGGCUUCGCGCCUUGCGGACGUCGGGUCGUCAUCUUGUAUUCUCGGAAAUCGAACGCCGCGUUUGACAUUUCGUGUUUUUUUUUUUAAUAAUUUGCGAAAAAAAUAGUAAUUGCAUUGCAGCCAUUUUGGAUUUUUGGUGAUUGAACUAUUUGGCUUGGGGAUUAUUUGUUCGUGUUUUUGUAUUGAAUGUGUGGACAUCAGUGAAUUUGGAUUAUAUGGUUUAUUAUUAAUGAUGCAGAAGAAGAAGCAUUCGAGUGAAGUCGAAAAUAAAACAAAACAAAUGAAAUAUCACUGCAAACAAAUAAACUAACCAAAAUGGGAACUAAUGAAACGAACAAAUCAAAACAUGAUAUAAAUACUGAACCUGACGUUAAUAACGUUCAAAAUAGAGCAAUAGAUAAUAUUGAAUUUACUAAUGUGAAACAUUAUCGAAACGCAAAUAUGAUGAAUGAAAAUGAACUCAAAAGUGUUCCUAAUGAAACGAAUAGUUUUGAACAUAGAUGUCGUGUGACAAGUAGAAGUGCCAAUUCUUUGUUCCUUUUAUUAAGGAUACCGUCAAAAAUGAAUGUGAUGAAGUAUUUUCUUUUGUUUCACGUAUUGAUUAGUUGUGUGAAUGCGUACAGAGAACAGAGAUUUGCUAUCGAACCUCAAGAUCAGAGUGCUGUGGUGGGAUCCAGAGUAACCUUACCAUGCCGAGUGGAGAAUAAAGCUGGCCAGCUGCAAUGGACGAAGGAUGCCUUCGGACUUGGAACACAUCGACACCUCUCUGGAUAUGAGCGAUACAAGAUGAUCGGUAGCGAUGAGGAAGGCGAUUACUCAUUGGACAUCAGGGAAGUGACUUUGGAUGAUGAUGCGAUAUAUCAGUGCCAAGUCAGCUCCGGGUCCAGAGGUGAACCAGCCAUCAGAUCGAGAUACGCUCGUCUUCUUGUCCUGGUACCACCAGAACCUCCAAAAAUACUGAAGGGACCUGUUCUACAGGCUGUUGAAGACCGAGAAGUGAACCUGGAAUGUGUAUCCGUUGGAGGAAAACCAGCAGCAGAGAUUACGUGGGUAGACAACGAUGGUGGAGUGCUGACUCAGGGUGUCAAUUACACCGUGUCUUUGAUGCCAGAUGGACGAAGAUUUACCGCCAGGUCGGUCCUAAGAUUGCGCCCCAGAAGACACCAUCACAACCAAACCCUCACAUGCCAAGCCCAGAACACAGCUGACCGGGCUUACAGAGCUGCCACCAUUAAGUUGCAGGUACAAUACGCACCAAAGGUUCGUAUGUUUGUCAAGUCUGGGAUCAUGAAAGAAAACAUUCAGGAAGGAGACACAGUGGUUAUUGGAUGCCAAGCAAGUGCGAACCCCAACAAUUUAACAUACAGGUGGUAUGUUAACAACGAAAUUAUCUUUGGCAACACCAGCAAUGAAUUGAUCUUAUCAAACAUAUCCCGAAGGUUCAACGAGGCGACAAUCAAGUGCGAGGUUCACAACCCGGUCGGCAAAAGUGCUGACACCAAAACUCUGGAAGUGGCAUAUGGUCCAUCUAUAGUUGUGAAGCCUCAAAACGUUGAAGGGGAGUCCGGUUCAUUAGCAACCCUAUCUUGUAUCGUCGAAGGACACCCACAGCCGAAGAUACAAUGGCUGAGAUAUGAAAACGAAAGAUAUAUUAGAGUUGGCAAGCUGCCAAAUCUGACAAUCACCGUGACUCCUCAUUCAGUUGGACAAUAUUGGUGUAAAGCAAGCUCUGAAAACAGACAGGACGUUCAAGCGCCAGCCAUUGUUUAUAUAAAAGGUCCACCAAAAAUAAUGUCAAAUCAAACGCAGUAUGGCGUCGAAGGGGACAUCGUGAGGAUCGAAUGUGUUUCAUUUUCUGUUCCCAAACCAGAUUACAUCGUGUGGACCUUCGGAGGCAACGAGAUCAAUUCCUUUCAUAACCAGGAAUACGCUUUUUUAGAAGAGACCCACGCUGAUAGAUUGACGAAAUCCACUUUGAUUAUUCGAAGAAGUGAGUCCAAGCAUUUUGGGUCUUACAACUGUACUGUAUUGAAUGCUUAUGGCGUUGACAGUGUUGAAAUAAAUUUAGUUCCUGCAAAAACCUAUCCAAUAUUCUUUAUAAUAGCUGGUGGAUCCUCAGCUGUUAUAUUCAUAUUGAUAAUCAUGCUCAUUGUGAUGCUGUGCCAAAAGAAGACCAAGAAGACGGAUGUGAAGAAACCAGAUAUAACAGAUUUGGGAAAGACUUGUGUCGAUCAGUUUAAAGAUUGUGACAGGAGUUCAAAUAUCAGUGAUCUGAAGUUGGAAUUGAGACAAGUUGAGGGCAGCUGUGAUAUGGAAAACUCCAACGCAGGCUCUGAAACUGACCUCCACCCAACACUGCACCUAACAUCGAACCUUGGUCUACCCCUCGCUGGGCCAGUUCCCCUCCCAGAUUCAGGCUACGACAACGAGCUUAUGAAGCAGUACCAAAGAUACAGCGGGGAUUUCAACCAACCCAUCAACAACUUGAAUUUUAAGCACCACGGUCAAAGCAACGGAUACGUUCCGUACGUUGACUACAGCAGGGAUUAUGCUCCACCAGCUCCAUCAGAUUCCAUGAGUGGUUCUCUAUCAAGAAGCACCGAUGGGUCAACAUAUCCUAGUCACUGUGGAUCUCUUCAUCGCCAGCAAAGUUGUGGAAGAUUGGGAGGAAUAGUUGGACCUGAUGUGAUACCAAUGUCAGGACCUGGGGUCGUCCUAGCUGGAGAAGACGUUAGAUAUGCCGCUACUUAUGGAAACCCAUAUCUUAGAGGCAGCGCUCCAAUGCCAGCGUACGUGCCACAAAUGAAUACUAAUCCAGUUGGGAAGCCAGCGCCACCACCUUAUUAUUCCGUUAGGAGCUCAGGUCAUCCUCCAACAGUGCCAUCAGUGAUAUCUCCGUCUUCAUCCUCAUCUUCAAGGCCGGUCACAAGUCCAAUGGCGUCAUCUUCAUCAACCAAUAGUGGUGCUCAGCCUCAAGUGCCUAAGUCAUCAUCACAGUCUUCGGGGGCUCUGUAUAUACUUCCACCGUCCAGUCAAGGAAACUUGCAGUCCAAUCAAAUUAUAACCAAAGGUAAUGGCGUCCAGGUAACAACGGGAACGCAUGUUUAAUUAGUUGACGAGUAGCUAGGAGAAAUACAUGAAAUGUUUGCAUAAACUGUUUUAACAUGAAAUUAUUACGUAAGCUUAAAUAAUAUAAUAUCAGACAAGUGUCGAAGGCACUUAGUAUUUAUUAAAGGAAUACACUAACGGUUACUAGACGGCCAUUUUGUUUUUACAAACAACACACAACACAGUAUAAGCAUACUUCGCUAAGUUGAUUUCAAUAAUCAAUUUUCUUUACUAUCACUAUUUCCUUUUUUUUUAAAUUCCUAUUCUAUUAAAACGUACUGUUUGAGAGACAUGUUACUCCGGAUUUGUGUCUAAGUCUUAAAAACGGACAAUGAAUUCAUAUGCAAAAAUAUGGUUUAAUUAUUAGAUAGAGAUAGUCUAGUUAUCGUUAGUGCAUAAUUUAAAUUUAAAUAAAGUCUAAUAGUAUACUUUCCUCGGCUUUAAUAACGUCAAAUCACAAACGAGCCUAAAAUUAAAAAAGCUUUAAGUGUUCAUGUCAAAGAAAAACUUAGUUUAGCAAGUAAAAUAGAUUUUAAUUUUCUCAUUAUGAUUUUUAAAAUUAA